CCGGUGGGGGCGGGGCAAGCGCGGAAGACCUGGGACGCGCGUCGGGCCGCGCAGUUGGCGCCGCCUGCUCUGGGGCGGACCCGGGGAGAGACCCUCUGGUGUCGUCCAGAUGGGGAUGUGUUUUCCUUGCCCCGGGGAGUCCGCGCCUCCCACGCCGGACCUGGAAGAGAAAAGAGCAAAGCUUGCAGAGGCUGCAGAGAGAAGACAAAAGGAGGCUGCAUCUCGGGGAAUUUUGGAUGUUCAAUCUGUGGAAGAAAAGAGAAAGAAAAAGGAAAAAAUAGAAAAACAAAUUGCUACAUCUGGGCCCCCACCACAAGGUGGACUUAGAUGGACAGUAUCAUAAACAUAACAUGAGUGGAAGAGUCUGUGCCAAUAACUGUUUAAUAUCUGCAAUCAAGUGGACUUCCUCAGUUUAAUCUCUUUCUUUGAAUAAAUGAAGAUUCAGACUUUGUAAUAUUAUUGUCCUUAAAUGCAAUGCUAACUCUAUAUUGAAAAUAUUGAAAAAACUUUUGAUUUUCAAACUUAACAAAUGGCCACACCUUUCAUUAAGUACUUAUAUUCCUACAUUUGCUCUUCUACAGUUAGUGGAUGAUUUGCCAUUUUUUUUAAGUAGUUAAAAAUGGACCUAAAUAGUGAAUACCAAUACAUUGCAUGUAAAAAUUCUGCAUACAUCUCUAAUAUUAAAUUUUGCAAUUGUAUUUGCUUCCUUUAUAGAAUGAUCUAACUACUUAUA